AUGGCCUCCUCAACCGCAGGCAAGCCAAUCGCUUGUAAGGCCGCCGUCGCCUGGGAGGCCGGAAAGGACUUGAGCAUCGAGGACGUCGAAGUCGCCGCCCCCAAGGCCCACGAGGUCCGCAUCGAGAUUUACUACACCGGUGUCUGCCACACUGACGCAUACACACUGUCGGGCAAGGACCCCGAGGGCGCGUUCCCCAUCGUCCUCGGCCAUGAGGGUGCUGGCAUCGUCGAGUCGGUCGGCGAGGGCGUCACUAACGUGAAGCCCGGCGACCACGUCGUUGCCCUCUACACCCCCGAGUGCAAGGAGUGCAAGUUCUGUAAGUCGGGCAAGACCAACCUCUGCGGCAAGAUCCGGGCCACGCAAGGCAAGGGCGUCAUGCCCGACGGCACCACCCGCUUCAAGUGCAAGGGCAAGGACCUCCUCCACUUCAUGGGCACCUCGACCUUUUCCCAGUUCACCGUCGUCGCCGAUAUCUCCGUCGUCGCCGUCCAGCCCGACGCCCCCAUGGACCGCACCUGCCUGCUGGGCUGCGGCAUCACGACUGGCUACGGCGCCGCUCGCGUCACGGCAAAGGUCGACGAAGGGUCCAGCGUGGCCAUCUUUGGCGGCGGCUGCGUCGGACUGUCGGUGGUGCAGGGCGCCGUCAUCAACAAGGCCGGCAAGAUCAUCGUCGUCGACGUCAACCCGGCCAAGGAGGCUUGGGCCGAGAAGUUUGGCGCCACGCACUUUGUCAACCCCAACGACCUCAAGGACCAGACCAUUGUUGAGAAGCUCAUCGAGAUGACGGAUGGCGGCUGCGACUACACCUUUGACUGCACGGGCAACGUCAGCGUCAUGCGGGCCGCCCUCGAGGCGUGCCACAAGGGUUGGGGCGAGAGCAUCAUCAUCGGCGUCGCCGCCGCCGGCCAGGAGAUUUCCACCCGGCCGUUCCAACUCGUCACGGGCCGCGUCUGGAAGGGCUGUGCCUUUGGCGGUAUCAAGGGCCGCUCCCAGAUGAGGGACCUCGUCAGCGACUACCUCAACGGCGCGCUCAAGGUAGACGAGUUCAUCACGCACCGCAAGACGCUGGGCGAGAUGAACUCUGCGUUUGAAACGAUGAAGGGCGGAGACUGCAUCCGUGCGGUCGUCGACAUGAGGAAGUUGUAG